GGAGCAGAGAAAUGGCGGACAGUGGGAACCCGGAGCUCGAGCGGUUCCUGAGAGAAGUGGAAGAGAUCACGAAUUUGGUUGAAGAAUUUAAGUCUGAUGACCCUGCAAUAAGAGAAAAAGCUUUCCAAAAAGCAGAUGAGAAGUUGGAAAAAGGUUCCAGAGGAGCCGAUAUAGUGGAAGGAUGCAGGACAAAACUGAACCGCACAUUGAUCAAUCCAAACCCUUCAUGCAGUGGACCACUGCCUGGUCAAUAUAGAAUGGAGAACAGUGAGAUGAACCAAGAUGAUUUCUUAACAGUUCUUGAGAGAGAUGCAGAGGCAAGAGGAAAGAGAAGAAAAAAAAAUCAAAAGCUCGCCAAUGCAUUGAAAGAGAAAGGUAAUGCAGCAUUCGAAAAAGGGGACUAUGCAACUGCUGUGCAAUACUAUACAGAUGGCCUGGAAAAGCUGCGAGAUUUUCAGGUCCUAUACACCAAUCGAGCACAGGCAUACAUCAAACUGGGGAAAUAUGAAGAGGCAAUCAGUGAUUGUGAGUGGGCCCUGAAGUGCAAUGAAAAUUGUAUAAAGGCAUAUGUCCAUAUGGGAAAGGCUAACCUUAACUUAAAGAAAUAUGAGGAGGCUCGACAAUGCUAUCAGAAAAUUUUAGAAAUUGAUCCAACCCGAGAGAAGCUGGUUAAAGAAUAUACUAAUUUAUUGGAGCUGGCUCAAAAAAAGUUACAACAGGAGAAAGAAGUUGUGGAAGAGUUUGAACGGGGCAAUGUGAAUACUACAACAGCCCAUGAAGUGCUGAAAAAGCUAUCCAGCCCCAAUAAAAUUCCUUUGUUCUACCUUGGUGGUGUGAGGUUCCUGACUGAGCUGAUGAAGGAGUGCACUGAACAGACUUUAUUCAGAACAAACAAUGGAUUCAGUGUUAUCAACGACAACGAGAUUAUAAGAAGGUGCCUUACCAGCUCAGUGAAAGAACCUUAUGAAGUGGAGCUAUGUGUUUCUGUCCUUCUGCUGUGGCAGGCAGUCUGUCAUAGAAAUGAGGAGAACCAACGUUUACUUAUCACUUCUUCUGGUACAAGUGAGCAGUUAUUGGAUCUGUUGUCAUGUAAAGAAAGUGAAAUCUACAUGGAAUGCCUAACUUUACUAUCCAGCUACUUAUUGUCAGAUUAUGGAAAAGAUUUACUGCUGUGCAAUCUGAAUUUAACUAGGUUGAUGCAGAUCCUUAUGGAAUUUUUGAAUUGCGCUGAUAAAAUUGCCAGCGAUGCCAUGGGAAUACUCACCAGCCUAGUGCCGGAGAAUAAGUUUAAAAAGUAUUGUCGAAAUGAUUUUGCAGUUAAUGUGUUACCAUCAUUUGAAAUUCUUUUGAAAAACUUGAAGUUGGUAAAUAAGCAGGUCUUUCCACAAUGUAUAUCCAUCAUAGGGAGUUUUGCAGCUGACAAGACAAUUUCUGGACAAGUAGCAGGAAGAGAAGAAUACUGGGAGUCUUGCCUAGCUGCUAUUGAUGAAGCUAUCACAUCUGUUGCUGAGUCUGACUACAGGGAAACCUUGUAUGCUCUUCUGGGCCUGAUGGUAAACUUUUCCAUGGAGCAAUGCUGCACCAUCCAGGCAAAAGCUCCAGCUAUAACAGAAAGGUGCAUCUCCUUGCUUGACAGUACAGAUGGUGGCAUUCUCACAAGAGCCACAGGACUUCUGAGUCACAUGCUCCCUCAGUCUGCCGAAGCUGUGGAAAAAGCGCUGAAAGUUGGAAUUGUGAAGAAAAUGCUCAAGUUUAUAAAGGUUGGUGGUAAGACAGCUACGCGAUAUGCUGUGAAAAUCUUGGCUGUCGGCAGCAGUCACAGCAAACAUGCCUGUGAAGAGAUUGUUAAAUGUGAUAAAAAGCUCAGUGGUCUAAGGAAACUGUUGUCUUCAGACGAUGAGUUAGUGGUGGGGAACACUGCCCUUUGCCUUUCGCACUGCUUUGAGAUCCCUGGAGCUGCUACUUCUCUACUCAAGUCUGACAUUGUCAGAACGUUGCUAAAGCACGCUGGUGGUGAUGCCAAGGAAAGUGGCCUCCAGCAGAAUGCAGCAAUCGCUCUGGGUAAACUUUGCUUGGCAGAACCCAGGCAUAGGUCUGAGCUCCGAGAAUUACACGGAUUGGAAAUUCUUACGUCCUGCAUGAAAUACAUAAAGUGAGAAUGUAACCUUACGAACUGUGACUCAGGAUUUGCUGGGCUGAAGAUAAUGCAUCCUAGGAAUUACCUGAAGAGACUGGUUAUGUUUAUGGAUGUUUUGGAACUUCUAUUAAUUGCUGAUGGAAUAGAUUCAGCUUAGGGCUGAUUUGACAUUCAGUGCACUCUAACUCCAUUUAAUCAAUACUGCUAUGGACAGUACUCCCACAAACUUUAUUAACUUACUCUUUCAAAAGCAAAAGCAGCAUCCUGAUCUCUGCCUCAAUCUAUGCUGUAACCAGUGUUCAUUAUUACAGCCUCUUUGCCAGUUUAUUCUUUACCACUAUCUCUAACAUUUGGAAUGCUUUCCCUCACUUAUUAUUCCAUCCACCCAAAUUACGACAAUAUUUUCAGUUCCAGUGUUAGAUAUUGUUUCUUUAUUCAACCAUCUUUUCUAUGUUUUCCAAUCUUGGUCAUAUCCUGGACUCUGGACUUUGGUUGCAAACAUAUGAAACAGGAGCAGAAGUAGGCUGUUUCAGCCCCUUGAGUGCUUGCUUGUCCAUUUCAUAAAGUUGUAACUGAUCUGUAUGUGUUUCAGAUUCCACAUUGCCAUCUGCCCCUGACAACCUUUGAUUCCCCUGCCUAACAAGAAUCUAUCUACCUCUGCCUUUGAAAGUAUUCAAUUAUUCUCUUCCACUGUCCUUUGAGACAGUCCCAAAGUCACAUAAUCCUCAGAGAGAAUUUCUCCUCAUCUCUGUUCUAAAAAUGCAAAACAAUAAUGCCUAAUUCUGGACCUACCAAUCAGAGAAAACUGCCUUUCCAUGUCAAAACAUCCUUUCUACGCUUUGUCAAUAACAUUCAGGACAUCAUACAUUUUAAUCAGUCAUCCCUCACUCUCCUAAACUCCAAUGGAAAUUAGCCCAGCCUGUCCAACCUAUUUUCAUAAAGCAAUCCACACAUUGCAGGUAUCAAUUCAGAAAACUUUUUCUGAACUACCUCCAAAGCAUUUAUUCUUAUGUAAGGAAACCAAAUAUGAUGCACAAAAUAUGAUGUCACCAAUGCCCAUUUACAAGUGAAUAAUGAUAUUGCUACUUUAAUGUAGGAACCCUCUCAAAGUAACAGAUAGCCUCCUGUUAGCCUUCUUGAUUCAGUGCUGCACCUGCAUACUAACUUAUUGUGACUCAUGCACAAGAACAUCCAGGUCCAAUUGUCCCUUGGAAUUCUUCAAGUGUUCUCCAUUUAAGUAAUACUCUGCUUCUUCAUUCUUCCUGCCAAAACACACAAGUUAACAUUUUUCUCACAUCAUAUAUUCAUAUCUGCCAUAAUUUUCCCCAAUCUAUUUAUAUCUGCCUCCAAAAAUCUUAUGUCAACAAAACCAACUUGCUUUCCUAUCUAUCUUUGUGUCAUUUUUAAACUUAGGUUCUGUGCCUUUACUCUGCUCAUCUAAGUCAUUGAUGUAAAUUGUACAAAUUUGGGUCUCCAAUUCAUAGCCCAGAGGGAUUUGCCACGUCCUGUCAACCAGACAAAGACUCAUUGCUGUAUACUUUGUUUUCUGCCAGCAAGACAAUCUUCUAUCCAUGUCAAUAUUUUACCCCCUACACCAAGAGGUUUUAUUUUCUGCAAUAACUUUAAAUAUUGCAUCUUAUCAAAUGGCUUGAAAAAAUCUGAUUACAGUGUGCCUAUAGGCUGUUUUGUCGACAACAUGUUAUUCAUUGAAAGUACUCUAAUAAAUUGAUUAAACAUGAUGUCCCUUUCACAAAACCAUGUUGAAUCUUCCUGAUUAUCUUGAGUUUUCUUAUGUGGCCAACUAUAACUCUUUAAUGACCGAUUCUAAAACUUUCCCUUAUAGUUUUCACGUAGCUGUCUUGUUUUAUGCCUCCUUUUCUUCUUGAACAGAGGGAUUAUAUUUGCUACUUUCUAGUCUGAUGGAGCUUUUCUUGGAUCUAGGGAAUUUUGGAAAAAUAACAAUUGUGCAUUACUACCUCAUUCAAGUCACUAGAAUAAAGCUCAUGCUAGAAACUAGCUGAAACUCCAAUUUUAAAAAAAAUCUUAAUUUGUGACUAUCCUUUUUACAUUGAUGUGUUAUUGUUGUAAUUGUAAGUGAAAAUGGACUGUUGAACCUUAUAAACCUGUCUCAUUUUAUAUAAUUCAACCACCUCUGCUAUUAAUUUAGCCUUAUCACAUUAUUUUUCACUUUCAUUAAAAUGCAUUUAUUUGUA